AAAUAUACAAAGACAAAAUUCAUGGGGCAGGGUUGAGGUGAAUAAAAAAAACAAAAUGCUGCAUCAAUGAAUGGAGACGCAGAGGGAGUUGAAUUAUACAAUGGAUACGCUACCAGACAUGCUUGGUCUACGGAAGCUCAAGAGGCUCCCACCCCGAGACGGAUAUUUUGCACAGACAGGCGUAUGCAACACCUCACCCCCUGCAGGGCUAUGCCACCAACCACCACCCAGCAGGACUGUCGGGGUUGUUUGAGACUGGCCUCCAUCAUGCCAGUAGUGCCACCCCAGACGCUUCAGUGAUGAAUCUCAUCUCUGCUCUUGAGUCUCGCGGACCUCAGCCUGGACCCUCUGCUUCCUCCCUUCUCUCUCAGUUCCGCACACCUUCAUGGCAGACAGCCAUGCACACCCCUGCCCCAGCAGAACUUUUUAUAUCUGGAGCCGGUACAUUUCCUUCAUCAUCUGCCCUUUCUGCUUACCAGCAUCCAGCAUCAUUCAGUGGUAGAAGCUUUCCAGUAACAUCUUCACUAACGCUUCAAGAUGCCACAUUCAGCCCCACUUCAAAUGGACUCCUUUCUCCUCAUGAUCCACUUCUCCAUAUAAAGUCAUCCCAGUCUUCAGUUCCAUCUUCCCUCAGUUUCGACCGACUUGGCAGCACUGUAUUAGGCACUGGACUACCAUCUCAGAGCUCAGCCUAUCGCAGUGCCCAAGAGUCGGCAUCACGACACCUUCCAUCACAGUUCAACCUUCUCUCCUCCUCCCUUGGCCCUUCUGAACAAACAUCCCAGCUCUACAACGCUUCUGUGUUUUCAAGCUCUCCAGCCUCUUCAAUUGAAAGAGCGAUGCCUCGGCAAGACAGCGUUAUUAAGCACUACCAGCGGCCCUCCAGCGCCCAGUCCCAGCUACCCUCUGCAGCAGCUGCUGCCCACUCUUUGCAGCACUAUCUAAGCUGUGGAGGUAGUUACCAGCAAAUGCAACAUCGUUCCAGCUUGUCCUGCAGUCCGCUGGGUGACCAGUCUCCUGUCAGCAGCGAGGGAUCACAGCAGAAAAACUCACAAGCGCGUCAAGAGCAGUCCCAAAGCUACAGACCAAUAAUUCAGUCCCCGGGUUAUUCAACAUCUUCCUCUUCCAACAAGUCCAAAAGCUAUUCAGCUUCUAGGCAGACUCAACGAUCUACUGCCACUCCAAAGUGCCAAAGCAUUGCAUCCACAGGACAGACACACAACUACUCCUCAUCCACUCCAAAGCCCAGCUCUGUUAUUUCUAGCCAGUCUCAGGCGUACUCCCCUGGACAGCCACAGAAUCUUCUUUCUAUGUCCCAGUCACAAAACUAUGCUGUUACCCAGUCACAGAACCUUUCAGCUGUUACUCAGUCACAAGGCUUUACAUCUAGCCAGGCCCAAGAUCUGACCAGCGGGAGCAAAUCACAAAGCUAUACAAGCAGCCAAUCUCAAGGCUUGCAGACAUGUGUGAGCCAGAAUCAGACCUACUCCCCGGAGCAUUUGCAAGGGUUGUCAUCUGUGGGCCAGAUUCCAAGUUACAGUGUCCAAACAGAGUCUCAUGUGUCUGCCAGCCAGGCUCCUAGCUAUGUCCCUGCUCAUUCACAAGGUUUACCUACUGCUAGUCCUUCUCUAAGCUACAGUACUGGACAUUCCCCAGCCAUGUCUAGCCAUGGGUAUUCUUCAGUCAGUCAUGCACAGAAUUUAUCUGAUUCCAGUCCUUCUCAAAUCAUUCGGCCUCUGCAGUCCCCUUCAUCUAGUCGUUCUCAAAGUGUCGCUUCUCCCGGACAGUCUCAGAAAUAUUUGACGUCAGUGCUUUCACCGUCAUUCAUGCAGGCUUCCCACUCGCAAAGUUAUCAAAAUUCCCAGUCCAGCCUAGAAAGAACACCCUCCUACAGCAAACCCAAAUCUGAUUCAGAUCUUCUCUCUACAGAGAGGACAGACGAUGAAGACUUUCUCAUUCAGCAUCUAUUACAGUCACAGAGUCCCCCUCGAGUCUCCUCUGAAAGUCUUGUGGAAUGUGAGGAAAGAUCUAGUAAAUCCAUGGGCUAUGAGAUGAGCAAAUCAGAGGAGAGAUAUCAUCUGCAAAGUGUUAUAAGGACUAACUCAAACUUGGACAACCAAGGCUUAGAAUUAUCUCUUCAGAGUUUAAAAGACAAGAAAAAAACAGAUCGACAUAAGGAAUAUGCGAACACCAGGUCAACUCCAGAAUCUCUGGGAACGUCGGUAGUUCAUUAUAGUCACCAGACCGGUCCCAUGGAUUCCUUCACUCAGGACAUCAAAAAGUCAGUAGAUCACCUACCACACAUGGACACCUCUAAUAAAGACUUGAAUUCGGCGCAUUCAUACAUGCAAAAGACACCGGAGCAUGCAUCACAGGCCCAUAGGAUGGUGGCUGAGAGUCAGUCAAUGGAGACUCACAACAUGCUCCAGAGCCAGCAAGGCACUCCAAUGAUGAUGGAUAACUCUCCUGAUCUGCCGCUUUCUCUUACCCACCAGCCGACGACUCAACAGUCACAACUCUUGCAGUCUGUCCUCACUCACACCCAGAGUCAGCUGCAAGCACACCAGAGAAAAGUACAGACACCUAUGGAUGUACACCUUUUGGAGCCACAAAGGAUCCAAGCUGAAGCACAAUCUCCACAGCUACAGAUGCAGCUGCAGUCACAGGCUCUGGAGGCGCAUUUACAGUCACAACAAAUGCAGGCUCAUGUCCGCUCACAGUCCAUGGAAGUACACUCUCGUUCCCAGUCGAUAGAGGCACAGCUGAUGGAUUCCCACCAGAUGCAGACAGACCAGCAAUCCCCUCAGCUCCAGGCGCAACUUCAGUCUGAGCGCAUGCAAGCAGAGAUGCAGCCUGAGAGGAUGCAGGCAUCACUUCAGUCUGAAGGCAUGGAAGGACUGCCUCAAAAUGAUGGAAUGCAGGCGUUAUCCCGUCCUCAAGAAAUUCAGGACUUUUUGGAGCCUGACUUGAACCUAGAGACGCACUUGGGCCAGAGUGGACCUGUGCAGGGUCAGCAACACCUCAUGUCUGAUGCAGGAGACCCCUUGCGUUUAGAUCCAGAGUCCUCCCAGCAGGUGCCUCAAGCUCAGAUGGAGCCUAAGGAUCAGUUUGAUAGCCCUAGUCCUCAAGGAUCAAAGCAGCGGUUUGUUCCUUUGACUUCUAUCUGCUUUCCUGAUUCCCUUUUGCAAGAUGAAGAGCGAAGUUUUUUCCCUGGCAUGGAAGAUAUGUUCUGUCCACCACCCUGUGGAAACGAUGAGUUCCCAAAGUCAAGCUGUGGUGGUGAUGAUGGCUCUCAAAGCAUGGACAGAAAUGAUGCUAUGAAAAAUAGCUAUGAGAUGAUGCAGUCCAGCCAAGGCUAUUCAGGAUAUUGCACCUCUGAAAGUAAUGACAAUCAGCAAAAUGUUCAUCUAGGUCUGGACUCUGUAUCUGUAAAGCACGAGUUGCCCUCUACUGUCAACACAGAGCAACUAGGACUUAUUCAAUCAAGUCAUGGCCAGCAGUCAUCUGAAGUAAAACCUGGCCUAACCUCACCCAUAUUCUGCUCUUCCAAACCCAAGAAACUCCUUAAGACAUCAUCUUUCCAUUUACUGAAGAAGAGAGAACCCUCUUUUCAACCUCCCAAGAAAAACUAUGCCCAGGAAUACGAGUUUGAAGAUGAUGAAGACAAGGAGGAUGUUCCUGCAGAUAUCCGAUUAAACAGUCGUAGACUGCCUGACCUUCUCCCUGAUCUCAUCUCUAGUUGUCGUUCUAGGCCUAACAUCAGCCCUAUGGGUGAUAUAGACUUUUGCCCACCAAGUAUGGAUGGGCCAAAACGACGAGGCCGGAAACCUACAAAACCUAAAAGAGAGGGACCCCCAAGGCCUAGAGGAAGACCGAGGAUCAGACCACUGGUAGAACCUCAUGUUUUAGGGCAUGAUGGUAUUAGAAGGUCUCGAGGAAGAGGUAGAGGGAGAGGCAGGAGAAUAACAGAUGAAGGAAGGGAAAGUAUGCCAAUGGAGCCACUGAAACCACUAAAGAUCAAACUACAAGUGCCAAAAGGGAACGAUACAAUGCAGAUGGAUCAAGCUGAGAUGCUUCCUCCUCCCCAGGAGAAUGCUUUGGACAACAGCCAGACACGGGAGAAGAUCAAACAGAAGAUCAAAGAGGUAGAAGAAAAGCAACCAGAAAUAAAAUCAGGCUUCAUGGCCUCCUUUUUGGAUUUCUUAAAGUCAGGAAAGAGGCAGCAGCUGCCCACAGCCAACACCAGCCCCUCAAAGAAUCGGCCACCGUCUGCCCAGCAGGCUUCACAGGGUUCGUUUGGCAUGGCUUCUCAAAUGCUUUCUGGGUCUCUAGACUCAGCAGAGAGUGAUAGUUUGGUCAUGAGCUGUACCAGCCCUUGCAAGAGGUUGGAUGAUGAAUUGAAGCGGAAUUUGGAGACCUUGCCUUCCUUCUCCUCAGAUGAGGAGGAUUCUGUAAGCAAAAACCAAGAUCUGCAAAAGAGUAUCUCUUCAGCCAUCUCUGCUCUCUAUGAUCCUACGGACCGCAAAGAGACAGAAAACACAGCACCUUCCGUGGUAGAGGAGAAAGUGGCAAGUCCUGUGCCUUCUGAACCUUCAUCACAGCCAGAGCCACCAGUUGCAAUUUCUCCACCAUCUCCUCAAGAGGUUCCAGUUCCUCCACCUCCUGAAGAACCUCCCGCCCAGUCGUCUCCUGAGCAGGAAGAACCCGAAGAUUCUAGACCUCUACACCUGGCCAAAAAGCAGGAGACUGCUGCUAUAUGUGGAGAGACUGAUGAUGAAGAUGUUGAGAGUAGUGGUGAGGGCAUCUUCCGAGAGCGAGAUGAGUUUGUUAUUCGUGUGGAGGACAUUCAGGCACUUAAGCUUGCAUUGCAGACAGGACGGGAGCCACCUCCGAUCUGGCGGGUACAAAAAGCUUUAUUGCAAAAAUUCACUCCUGAAAUCAAAGAUGGACAACGCCAGUUUUGUGCCACCAGCAACUAUUUGGGAUACUUUGGUGAUGCCAAAAACCGCUACCAGCGACUGUACGUCAAGUUCCUUGAAAAUAUCAACAAAAAGGACUACGUGAGAGUAUGCUCUAGGAAGCCCUGGCAUCGUCCUCUCCAGACCAUGAGGAGGCAAAGUCAAACGAAAGCCCCUGGAGCUAAAAGUCCGGUGGCAGUGACCAAGCCGGAGAAGUGCGAUAAACCAGAACGCUUUGUCAAAAUGGAGCCUGUGCAAAGACCUGAAAAGAUGGAGGCAGGAGAGAAGACUGAGGGACCGGAAAAGCCUGACCAUGUUGAAGAAGAGGAGAGCAUUGAAAAGCAUGAACCUGUUCGCAACUAUGAAAAAGCAAAUGUAGGGGAAGACCAAGAACAGCAAAGUCUUGCAACCAAUGUGGUAAAUGAAGGUGCUGCUGUAGAAAUUGAAAAAAUAGAAAAAGUUGAUCCAGUGGAAAAGCCAGAGCCCUUGGUCCAGAAUAACAAUGAAGCUCUCACUGAGAGUAGCGACAUAAUUGAAACAGCGUUGAAGAAAGAUAAAAUCGUAGCAACCACGAAGCCUGAUAAAACCGAACCAGUUAAGGCGGAGAAAACGGAGCCAGUCCUAAAACCAGAAAAAACUGAACCUGCAUUAAUACCUGACAAAGUGGAACCAGUGACAAAAUCGGAGAAACCAGACACAGCUGUAAAAAUGGAAAAAAGUCCUCAUGUGGCAAAACCUGAAAAACAAGAACCUACUCCUAAGCCUGAAAGGAUUGCCUCUGCUGGAAGGCAAGAAAAGUUGGAACCAAAACCUGAGAAGGUAACCACAGGUGGUAGAGUAGAAAAGUCAGAACGCCUUACAAAGACUGAAAAGGUUUCCUCAGCUGGAAGACAAGAAAAAUCUGAACGUAGCGUAAAACCAGAAAAGAGUUCUCCCACAGCAAAACAGGACAAAGUAGAACCUGUUGUAAAGCCUAUGACUCCUGUAAGACAAGAGAAGGUGGAUGCUACAGUCAAAGUAGACAAAAACACAACGGUGGUCAAGCCUGAGAAGGCCGACCAAAAGCCAGAGCCAAAAGUAGAGGUGGCUCGGAAAACACAGAAGACUGAAUGUCCUGGAAAGCUAUCUUUGCCAUCAGAAAAGUCGGUGAAAGACGAGGCAUUGGAGACUCUAGACAAAGAAGAAGUGGUAAAGAAGGUUGAAAAACCUGUAGCACCCAAUAAAGUAGAGCAAAAUGAACCGUCAAAGAGACAAGCUAAGCCAGAACCAAUGGAACAAACGGCAAAAUGUGAAGUACCUAACAGAUCUGAGGGAGGGGUAACACGAGAGAAAGGAAUAAGGACCGAAAGAGUGGAAAAGACUCCAAAAAUGGACAAACAUGCAAAAACAGAACGCUCAGACAGAACAGCAAGGAUGGAACGUCAAGACAAACCAAACAAGACUGAGAGAGCGGAUAGAUCGCCAAGGUCAGACAGAGCAGAGAAGACAGCCAGGGUUGAGAGGCAUGAUAAACCUGUCCGGGCUGAGAGAUCUUCUAAAUCUACCAGGACAGACAGGCCCUCAAAAAUGGACAAGUCUGAGAGGCCGGAAAAAAUGCCCAAAUUAGAAAGAAUAGAAAAAUCACCAAAGCUUGAAAAAAUGACAAAGAACGACAGAGUGGAGAAACCUGUCAGAGCCGAGAAGAUUGAAAAACACAUAAGAGUAGAAAAAGUAGACAAAGUAGAACCAAUGCCUCCUAAACUUGCACCAAAGCCUAAACAGAAACACACAAAAGUCAAGGCUGAACCACCACCGAAGAAGAGGAAAAAAUGGCUGAAGGAGGUGGCGUCAUCCUCCGAUUCGGACUCCUCCCCUGACCAGCAGAGUGAAGAAGAGCGUGUUCCUGUUGGCCGAGUAUUGAACACAAGAGCCAUGAAGGAGAUGUACCGAAGCUACAUAGAAAUGUUGGUGAGCACAGCGUUAGAUCCGGAUAUGAUUCAGGCUCUGGAAGAUACUAGUGAUGAACUCUACCUUCCACCCAUGAGAAAAAUUGAUGGAAUUGUAAAUGAACAUAAGAAGAAGGUUCUGAAGAAGAUCUCAUUGAGCUCAUCUGUUCAGGAGGCGCUUCAUACGUUCCCACAAGUGAAUAUUGAUCCAGGAGACUCUACUGUAAGGAUGAAACCAGGAGGAGAGCCCUAUAACCGAAAAACACUCAAUAAAUUAAAAAAGAAUGUAGCCAAACCACAGGAAUUUAAGGUGGAUGCUGAGAAGUCACUUUAUUACUCUCUAUACCAUUCCUUGCAUCACUACAAGUAUCACACCUUCCUACGUUGCAAGCAAGAGACCAACGCAAUAGAAGAACAGAAUGACGACUUGGGUCAAGAGGAGGUGGUUCAGCAGUGCAUGAGAAAUCAACCUUGGCUGGAAAAGCUCUUCGAUUCCUUCAUCGACCUUCUCACGCAAGCACAGAAUAAGUGCGCGUGACCAAACCCACGACAGCUAUCUGGGCUGCAGAACAGAGAGAAACCUGUUAACCAGGGAUUCAAUAGACAAACUGAAACCAUGUGACUCAAAAGACGAGAAAGAGACAUGCCAGACAGAAAAGGCAAAAGUGUUCUUUCCUGGACUUAACUUUGUGGCCCUGGCACCCGGCCACACAACAAGCUAUAAGGGGAGCAGAUGACGUAAGUUCAGGAGGCCUCGACUUGACUUUCAGGCCUUCUGAAUAGUGACGCUUGGAUGGAGGUGGUCCUCUCUUUCUCUUGACUUCUGUCUUCUUCCUUUUUGUUCUUUACCGUUUUCUCCUGCAGAGAAGGUUUCACUAAAUGUACGCUGUUUUUGUUUCUCCUCCUUAUGCCAUCACCGUCAUACCGUAAAAAAAAAAAAAAAAAAAAAGGAUUUUUGGCUCCGCCUUCUGCUCAGACCCGCUUCCAAUGACUGACAUAUUCUGACAGAAGACGGCAGGCUGACAUUUUGGCCCUGAAUAUUAUUUAUUGGCAAGCAUGCGUGUAUGUGUUGUGCGUGUGUAAGAGCCAGAAUCCCUGUUGGCUGGGGUGGUGGACAUUUUAGAUUUUGGAUUAACAAAUCUUUUUAAUUUUUUUUUUUAAUUAAGCAACGAGGGUCACUCACCACAUAAAUAUACUGUAAAACGCUCACUGCCAGUAUGGUAGUUUUGUCACUCGCUAAAAACCUGCUAAGUAUUUACUUUUUUUUUAUCAUUUAGAAUGCAGAUAUAUUGUCUGUUCGAAAUGUUGACCUAUUGGCUGCUUUUAUUUCAACAUAAAGUUCCACCCUUCUCGGAAAGUUUUUUUAAAUUUUUAAAUUUUUUUUUUUAUAGUGGACAGAAAGUCAGGAGAUAUUUCCAUGGAUCUGAGGGACAGAUGGGGAAAAAAAACAAAACCUAAAACAUUAUGUGGCACAAACUGAGCUAGCUGCCUUAUUGAUGGCGGUUGUAGUAAGGGGCAUUCCUGCUGUUUCCUUUUAGGAAUUAAAAAAAAAAAAACAGGGUAGAAUUACACGUACAGCUAUUCUCUCCAAAGAUGUUGAGCUGAUCGGGAAAGAUAAUAGUUGUAAGAAAAUGGUACCAUACCUGUGUUCUCUGCUGUAUUCCUUCAGUGCAGGGUCAUAAAGCAAAGCUUCUUAACCUCUUGCCGGCACACGGUAAUAAAGCUUUGUUAAUCCAAUAUCAAAUUUUUUUUAUUUUAUUUAUUGUUUAUUUCGCAAGUCAACUAACUGUUAACUUUACAUUCAGUAUUUUUCAUGUUGCAGGAAUAAUUUCUAUAUGUCUUGUUAAUAUCCCUUGACAUAAAGAUGGUGUUAUCUACGUUUUAUAGAUGAUUUGUUUCAUUUGAGAGGAUGGGUGGAGUGCCUCUUAUGGUGUUACGCUCCUUUAUUAUAGGAAGUUUGUACAAAAAGAAAAGAAAAAAAUAUUAGGCAUUUUGUAAGUAAUUUUAUGUUACCUUUUUGCUACUGUUUCCUUGUGCAGACUAUUCGUAUGCCUUCCAUUAGCAUAGAGGCUAAUGCGUUAUUUUGCCAUUCACCUAUUGAGGCUAUACAAGAGGGCCUUAAAGUUCCCUGACAUAAUCCAUCUAAAAAGUAUCACUUCAAUAAAAAAAAAAAAAAAGUGAUUUUGAUUAUUAUUUUUUUUUUUUUGUAUUAUUCUUAUUAUUAUUUUUUUGCUGUAGAUGCUUAGGGUGCAGGGGCCUUCUGUCCCUUUACAUAUAAAAAGGGUGAGAAAAAAAAAAAAAAAAGCUUGAUAUUUUUUUAAAUUCACAAUUCUAACAUUAUUUAAACAUUACAACAUAGUAACUGUUAUUCUUUAUUUUUUUUUUUUUAUUAUAAUUAUUGUGCAUAAACAAUUUCAACCCAUAUUUUUUCCCAGAAUAGAAUGAUAAAAUGACCUGGGGGGAGAUGAACUGUUUGCGUGUUGUUAUUUUAUGUUAUUUUUAAGAAUUUUUGGUUUUAAUUUUUUCUUUUUUAAUUUACUGUAAAUAUUGUAUAGGAGAAAAAUCUAUGUACAAUAUUGUAUUUGACUAUAUCUAAUUGAUAAUAAUGAUGUUGCUUAGAUGUGAAGUGUUCAGUUUGACUGAACUUGGAUUAGUAUUUUGCUCAGAAAAAAUAAACUUAGAACAGAGAGAAAAAGAAAAAAAAAAUUGGGGUAUUCUUAAGCUACAUUGACAUUUUCCACUACUUUUCCCUUUAAUCUUAUUUUAUUAUUUUACAUUUUUCGUUAAGGGGUGGGAUGACUAUGCUGAAAUUUGAUUUUCUUACGGUUGAAUUUGCUCUGUUAUGCUUCCACCUGUUAUUUGGUUGUCACCAAAGCUGUUUGUUUCUAAAACCUUAUGUUACCAGUGUCCUAUGUAUGAGAAAACAUGGAAGGGAUGAGUUAUAGAAUUUGCCCCGGUGUGAUGUUUUUUCCAGUAAUAUCGGUUUUCACAGAUAUUCACAUUCUCCAUUUUGACAGCCAUUUUUUUUUUUGACCCAUGUGAACACGGCCUAAAAGUUUGUUGGCUGAACCAUUCGUCCCAAUUUAUUGCAGAAUAUUGACCACAUCAUAUUGUGUAUUUAAUCCGCCAUUUUUCUUUCGCUUGUGCGAUUAAUGUGUUGUAUGGGUGCACUGAUAUAUUUCCCUGUGACCCCAAUAUCUAAAGAAUUUUCAUCCACAAACAAUUCAGGUUACACAACAAUAUUUCAGGUAGCCUACACCACUUAAAGGGGUAUUCCCGGGCAAAAACAUUUUAGCCCCUAAUAAGGCGUAAGGCGUCUGAUCGCGGGGGACCUGCUGCUGAGA